AUGGCAGCAUCGACGACGAUCAAUCUCCAACCUCCAGUGACAAACUCUGGAAAUGUUCUUCGCAUGCUGGAUGCCUGUUCCAAGGGAGAUAUCGAGACAGUCCGUCACUUGAUUACGGUCGAAAAUCCUCUCUAUGCAUCGCUUCAAGACGAAACCACAGGACAAAGUCCUCUCAUGGUGGCGGCCGCUCAAGGCCACUUACCAUUGGUACAGCUCUUGUUGGAAGCGGGGGCUCCUUGGAAUGCCGUCGAUCGCAAUGGCCAAUGUGCCGGAAAUUAUGCCACGGACCAUGAGAAAUGGCAAGUCAUCAAUUUCUUGGUCGAGUGGGGCACUCGCGCCGAAUUGAUUCUGGGAGCCGCACAACGAGAACAACAAACCGUGGGGUUGCCAUUUCACUCCUCGAGUACUAGCAGUACUACUACUAGUAGUACCAUUCCGGAAGCGCAUCAACCAUCGACCAAACCCGAUUAUUUGCGACAACCUCUUCGAUACAAUAACGAUUCUUCUGCUUUGCUCGAUGCCGACAAUGAUGCCGUCAUGAUGGAAUGGGAACGUCCACUCAUGAAAGCCCAUGCACAAAUUCUCAUGGAACAAGUGUCACCUGCCGACACGGCCACCUACAAGAAACGUGUCUUGAAUGUCGGAUUUGGAAUGGGAAUCAUCGACACGGCCUUGCAAGAAUUGGGGCCCUCGUUGCACAUUAUCAUUGAAGCGCAUCCGGAUGUAUACAAACACAUGUUGCAACAAAAAUGGGAUCAAAAACCAAAUGUUCGAAUAUGUUUUGGAAGAUGGCAAGAUGUCAUGCCAGCACUCAUUCAACAGGGUGUGGUCGUCGAUGCCAUUUUCUUCGACACCUACGGAGAACAUUUCAUGGAUAUGGAAGAUUUUCAUCAAAUCAUGGUCAAAAUGCUAUCCAAACCACACGGCAUUUACUCCUUUUUUAAUGGAUUGGCACCCGACAAUCUAUUUUUUCAUGGAGUGGCCUGCCAAUGUGUCAAACUGCAACUGGCACAGCUCGGCCUGGAAGCAGAGUUUUUGCCCUGUCAAAUACAGGUCGAUGAAAAGGCGUGGGAUGGUGUUCGACGCAAGUAUUGGCAUGGUAGGGAUACCUACUACUUGCCAAGGGUGACAUGGAAUCCGCAAGCUGUACAUGGAACUCUAGUGGCAGAGCAGCAAGAAGGCAAAAACAAACAUUCGCCCACCAAACAAGAUCUCGAAGUCGUCGCCAUGGAGGUCGAUGCCAAGAGACCCAGGGUAUAA